UCAACUAUGUAAAGAAAAAAGUAUUUAAUAAGAAUAUUUCAUUCAUUCAGAUCUAGGAUGUGUUAUUUUAGUGUUCCCUUUAUUUUUUUGAGCAGUGUAUUAGUAAUAGUGUGGGAUUAGUAAUCUCAACAAUGGGUAGGCCUACAUGUAUAUAUUCGUAAUAGUGUGGGAUUGGGAAUCUCAGCAAUGGCCAUACUUGCAGCGUUUAAAUCUCUGUGCUGUCAUGGAAGAAACAUUCUUCCUUCCUGUCUGCUUCUCCUGGCGAUAGCAGAGUAUCCCGUAACCAGACUUCUAAUAACUACGGGGGGGAGAGUCAAUCAAUUCUGUCUGAAUAGCUAGAGGGUGGGGACGGUUGAGAUUAUUCUUAAAGGAGACUUGCAUUGUUUUACGAUUGAUGGUUGUUAAUCAUACACAGGUAUAAACUCUGAACACUGAACCUUUGAUAUUUGAAGUGAACACAUCUUUUCCGCUGCCAGUUUUGCCUCUCGGUCAAGUGGAGUACAACACCAUGACCGCUAUUCAGAUAAAGGUCUCAGUAGGAGCACCCCGACAGAGGUGUAUCUGGGGUGGCGGUUGGCCUGGUCCUGUGUCGCUCUAUGGUCUCCCUGGCUGUGGUGGGAGCCAUCUUUGACCUGGAGUUGCUGGUCAUAUCGCAAGUGAUUGAGGACCGGGACUCGGGCCGGCGGUGUGGCCUGGGGUCAGCUCUGGUGCUUGUGGCGGCGGCGCUGUCGGCAGGGGGAGUGGUGGUGUUGGUGUCUCUGCUCCAGCAGCAGGCCUCUCCUUUGGGCUUCACCCUUACCUUCUGGUGCAAGUUUACCGCAGUCUUCCUGCUCUUCCUCAACGGCAUGGCAGCGCCACAUCCAUCACAUGGCCCUGCAGGCACCACCUAGAAGCCACCUGGGGAAAUGCUAGAGGUGAAAGAGCACAAGGAGUCCAGCAGUGUCCAGCUACAGCAGUACGGCAGAAGGCAUUUUCAUGUUCCAAACACGCAGACGUCACAGGAACAGUGAUUUCCUGUUGGGAUUAGGUUUAGGGUUACGCCCAGGGUUGAGGACUGUGGAGUAUAGUGGACAUCAGGACAUCUCUUCCUCCAUGGGUGUUACAGUGCCUGAGAUGUAACAGGGUCUUUUGGAAUGGAUCGGCUGUGUGUAUGAUUCCUCAAGGCCUUGUGCAUGUGCAGCUUGUUAAUAGCACAUACUGGGAACAGUAAACAACAACUGCUGCCUGUCUAUAUGCAGUCAAAUCAUCUUCAUUGUUUUGUGGAAAUACAGUUCUGGAUUGUGUAGAAUAUAUUUAUUUUUUUACAACAUAUGUUAUUCUUAGUUAGUAGUAACUAAUGUGUAACUUCCUUUUAACCCCUUGGCCUCAUAGCUACAUGAUGUACAGUGAGGCAAAAAAGUAUUUAGUCAGCCACCAAUUGUGCAAGUUUUCCCACUUAAAAAGAAGAGAGAGGCCUGUAAUUUUCCUCAUAGGUACACUUCAAUUAUGACAGACAAAAUGAGAGAAAAAAAAUCCAGAAAAUCACAUUGUAGGAUUUUUUAUGAAUUUAUUUGCAAAUGAUGGUGGAAAAUAAGUAUCUCACCCCGUGGUGAUAAUGACUUUUAAAAUACAUUUAUUGUGAGAGUUGAUGUCAUCAAGUCGUACCAUCAUUGAUCAUGUGUGAAGCACAUGUAAUAUAACUAACAUAGCAUGGUUAAAUUAAUUCUAGGAACUGUCACCAAUACAUUCACACAAAUUCCUUUAAACUUUACAACAGCUCUUGUUUUCAUGGUUAAACAUACACAUAUCAUAUGUAACACUUGGAAUAUACAUGUUAGAAAGCCAAUAAAUAAAAUUAAGCAUGUCCACAUGGUCCUUUAGAAUACCUGGUCAUAUUGACAAUUGUACAGGUGGGUAGGUGCAUUCCUG